AUGAAUCCAGCUAUGACACCUUGUGCAGCACCUCCUGGAUACUAUGGUGGACCAUACAUGCCAUCUCUCAACCCAGGCGGGUGUAGGUAUCCUUAUCCCUGUACACCAGUCCCUGGGAACUACCUUGUGCCAUUUCCACAGGGUAAUGGUGGACCAUUCCCACAACCAUUCUUUGGACCACCACAGCCAUGUCCAAGCAUUCCAUUUGCAUAUGGUCCAUAUCCCAGAAUGUUUCCACCUGAAUACAUGGUACCACAGCAGGCAUACCCCCAACCAUGCAUGUAUGGAGGGCCACCAAUGCCACCAUUGACCCAGUUACAAGAUGGAGGAGCUGUGCAAUAUUCAACUACUAGUGUGUCUCCUGUGCAAUGUCCCACUAUGUCUCGAAUUGAAAUUCCCAACAACCAUGGCCAGGAACUAUCAGAUGGUUCAGCAUCAUUGAAACUUUCAGAUGCCAGCAGCUGUGAAUCUGUCCUGCCUGCAGCAGUAAACUUUCAGCAGCAGAUGCCAACACUUACUGCAGCAGUACAUCAGCAGCAGCAGAUCCCAACAGUUACAGGGUUUUCACAAAUACCGAGUAGUGAUGUAUCACCUGCAGGUAUGCAGUAG